AUGUCUCUCCCCGUUCCGCCGAAAGGUAGCGCUGCAGACCCACCUCGGGCGCAUUCCGCUGUCGACGCCCUGACGCCCUUGAUCGAAGCGACAUACAAAACUCCCGAUAUAACAGCCUACAUCAACGGCAACAAGACCGUCAUAAGCAACCCCAAUCCCCACUGGACGCUGCUUGACUAUCUUCGCGCCCAGCCCAACCUCAAGGGUACCAAACUGGGCUGCGGCGAAGGUGGAUGUGGUGCAUGUACCGUCGUGCUUCAAGUCGCAGACUCGCAGUCUGAGAAGAGACGAAUUAAGCAUCUGUCCGUGAAUGCAUGCCUGUUCCCGCUAGUGGGCAUCGACGGCAAGCAUGUCAUCACUGUCGAGGGCAUCGGCAGUGUUGGCCGACCACACCCCCUGCAAGAGAGGAUUGCAAAGCUUCAUGGCAGCCAGUGUGGAUUCUGCACUCCUGGUAUCGUCAUGAGUCUUUAUGCCGUCGUGCGCAAUGCAUACAAUCCCGAGACAAAAAAGUUCCAUCUGAGUGCCCGUGAAAUCGAAAUGGAAGGCCACUUGGAUGGCAACCUGUGCCGCUGCACUGGCUACAAGCCUAUCCUGCAGGCUGCAAAGACAUUUGUCACUGAAGACUUGAAGGGUCAACUAGCUGAGGAAAAUGAACCAAUCACUCUAGACGCUGGGCGAUUCGAGGACGAUGUCACUGAUCUCACCCGCAGCGCAUGUGCGGGACCCUCCAAGGUUUCCUGCGGUCGUCCGGGGGGCUGUUGCAGGGAUGAACCCUCAGAUAGCAGCUCCGCCGACACCAAGUCCAACACCUCAUCACCGCCAUCAGAGCCUACUUCGACAUCCGAGGAUGAGCGUACGCCUGCCGUGCUGGGCACAAAACAGCCUCCACAGGCAGAUCCCGCCAUUAGCGGUGCAGAAUAUGCGAAACCCCUGAAAAGCAAGGAAGGAGAGGCAGCCGCUCAAACAAAGACUUCAACUUCUGCCGCCCUUGCACCAGCAGCAAACUCAGAAAAGGGUGUCCCAAGAAUAGAGUUCCAGGAAUACACACCAGACACAGAGCUCAUAUUUCCCUCGGCGCUGUGGAAGCACGAACCACAACCGAUAUGUUACGGCAACGAGAAGAAGAUUUGGUUCCGACCUACCAAACUUGAUCAGCUUCUGGACCUCAAGGAUGCAUUCCCAUCGGCCAAGCUUGUUGGGGGCGCCAGUGAAGUGCAGGUAGAGGUCCGCUUCAAGAACUCUGAUUUUGCAGUCUCGGUCUACAUUUCAGAUAUUCCAGAGCUGAAGCACACCAAGCUCCCCAUGGAUGCCCAGCUCGAAAAUGCCAAGGAGCUCGUCAUCGCAGCCAACACUCCACUCACUGAGCUAGAAGAGAUCUGUAAAACGGUCUGUGCCAAGCUUGGUAAGCGUGCAAUGGUUCUAGAAGCUCUCCGAAAACAACUGCGAUACUUUGCUGGUCGUCAGAUUCGCAACGUUGCGUCGCUGGCUGGUAAUAUUGCAACCGCCUCGCCGAUAUCAGAUGCGAAUCCCGUCUUGUUGGCAGCAGGUGCCACACUAGAGGCUAUCAGCAAGAAGGAUGGCAGUGUUCAUCUUCCCAUGUCCAACUUUUUCGUGGCAUACAGGACUACGAGUCUGCCUCCUGAUGCAGCCUUGUACCGCAUCUGGAUCCCUCUACCACCAAAAGAUUCGAGGGAGGUGCUCAAAGCAUACAAGCAGGCUAAGCGCAAAGAUGAUGAUAUUGCAAUUGUUACUGCAGCAUUCAGGGUACGCCUCGAUUCCGCUGGACGGGUCGAGGAUGCGUCCAUCGUUUUUGGUGGCAUGGCGCCAACGACUAAGGACUCGCCAAAGACACAGAGCGCUCUUCUCGGCAAGCCAUGGUUUCACUCAGAGACGCUCGAUGCUGCGCUCACUGCGUUGACACAGGACUAUGACCUUCCAUACAGCGUUCCAGGUGGUAUGGCUGAUUACCGCAAGACUCUUACACUGUCGCUCUUCUUCCGCUUCUGGCACGAAGCGGCCGCUGAGUUUGGGCUCGGAAACGUUGAUCAGCAGGUUGUGGAUGAGAUUCAUCGUGAUAUCUCUAGUGGAAUGCGUGACAACUACAACCCCUACGAGCAGCGUGUUGUUGGGAGACAAGUCCCUCAUCUCUCCGCUCUCAAACAAUGUACAGGAGAGGCAGAGUACAUCGAUGACAUGCCGAGAAUGGAUCGGGAACUGUUUGGUGGCCUUGUCAUGUCUACAAAAGCACAUGCCAGGAUUUUGAGCGUUGACUGGGAUAGAGCGCUUGAGAUGCCUGGUGUUGUCGGAUACAUUGACAAAAAUAGCAUCCCUUCGGACGCAAAUAUUUGGGGAUCUAUCAAGAAGGACGAGCCGUUCUUUGCCGAAGACAAGGUUCUGUCACAUGGCCAAAUCAUUGGAAUGGUCUAUGCUGACACGGCGUUGGAGGCUCAAGCAGCUGCUCGAGCUGUCAAGGUUGAAUACGAAGAGCUACCUCACAUUUUAACUAUCGACGAAGCUAUUGCAGCUAACAGCUACUUCCCUCAUGGAAAGUUUUUGAGAAAGGGUCUUGCCAUUGAUGAUAAGAUGGCUGACGCGUUUGCCCAAUGCGAUAAGAUCUUUGAAGGCAUGUGCCGGCUAGGUGGUCAGGAACAUUUCUAUCUCGAGACGAACGCUGCACUAGCCAUACCAUCUGGAGAAGAUGGAGCUAUCGAAGUUUGGUCCUCAACCCAGAACACCAUGGAAGUACAAGAGUUUGUCAGUUCAGUGUUGGGAGUACCAAGCAACCGUGUCAACGCUCGUGUCAAGCGCAUGGGAGGUGGCUUUGGUGGUAAAGAAUCCCGAAGUGUGCCCUUUGCAGUCUACACAGCAAUCGCUGCUAGGAAAGAGAAACGACCAGUUCGCAUCAUGCUGAACCGUGAUGAAGACAUGUUGCUCAGUGGCCAAAGACAUCCGUUCAAAGCGCAAUGGAAAGUCGGCGUGUCAAAAGAAGGCAAGCUCCUUGCUAUGGAGGCCGAUGUCUAUGACAAUGGCGGUUUUUCCCAAGACAUGAGUGGAGCGGUCAUGGACCGAUGUCUGACACACUUUGACAACGCAUACGAAUGCCCAAAUGUCUUCCUACGUGGUCACGUUUGCAGAACCAACAUCCAUAGCAACACGGCAUUCCGGGGCUUCGGCGCGCCGCAAGGAAUGUAUUUUGCAGAGACCAUUAUGUACAACAUUGCAGAAGGUCUUGGUAUAGAUGUCGACGAGCUACGAUGGAAGAAUCUGUACAAGCCUGGAGAGCACACUCCAUUCUUUCAAAAGAUCGACGAGGACUGGCACAUACCGAUGCUACUUCACCAGCUGAGCAAGUCGUCCGACUAUGAGAAACGAAAAGCCGCUAUCAAUGAUUUCAACGAGAAAAACCGGUGGCGGAAGCGAGGUAUAAGCUUAAUUCCAUCAAAGUUCGGUCUCAGCUUUGCGACUGCAUUGCAUCUCAACCAAGCAGGUGCGUAUGUAAAGAUUUAUCAUGACGGCAGUGUCCUUCUACACCACGGAGGAACAGAAAUGGGCCAGGGUCUUUACACAAAGAUGUGCCAGAUAGCCGCACAGGAGCUAGGCACACCUAUCGACGCCAUCUACACGCAAGACAGCCAAACCUACCAGAUCGUCAACGCCUCACCCACAGCCGCUUCAUCCGGCUCCGAUCUCAACGGCAUGGCUGUGAAGCAUGCCUGCGACCAACUCAACGAGCGCCUAAAACCCUACCGCGAGAAGCUAGGCCCAGACGCAUCCCUCAAAGAACUCGCUCACGCCGCCUACAUCGACCGCGUCAAUCUCGCCGCAAACGGCUUUUACAAAAUGCCAAAAGUAGGCUACACAUGGGGCGACACCAACCUCGAAACCGUCAAACCCAUGUACUACUACUGGACCCAAGGUGCCGCAUGCUCAGAAGUUGAACUCGACCUCCUUACUGGCCAUCACACCGUUUUACGGUCAGAUAUAAUGAUGGACGUAGGCAACUCCAUCAACCCCGCCAUCGACUACGGCCAAAUCGAAGGCGCCUUCCUCCAAGGCCUCGGCCUCUUCACCCUCGAAGAAUCCCUCUGGUCCCCCCACUCGGGCGCCCUCGUAACCCGCGGCCCCGGAACCUACAAAAUACCAGGCUUCGCCGAUAUCCCCCAGGUCUUCAACGCCACCAUGCUGCGCUAUGAUAAUGACGGCAACCCGCUUACCUGGAAUCAUCUCAGGACUGUGCAGAGUAGUAAGGGCAUUGGAGAGCCUCCGCUUUUCUUGGGGAGUACCGUGUUUUUUGCCCUUAGGGAGGCGGUCAAGGCCGCGAGGUGCAUGAAUGGGAAGAGUGUGGGUGAGGCGGAGCCGUGGAAUUUGGAUUCUCCGGCUACCUGUGAGAGAUUGAGGUUGGCGGUUGGGGAUGAACUUGUGGAGAGGGCGAGGGUGGUGCGGAAGGAUGGGGAAGAGCCGUUUUUGGUGGCUGUUGCGUGA